UAAAAAUGGCCGCCGUUAGGUCGCUGGAAGCGUCGGAGUCUUUUUUAUUAAACGGUCUGUUUCACUAACGACGCGACGGACGAUGCGGGUCCUGGUGACGCUCGCUGGCAGCGGAGCUAACGGGCGGUAGUCGGGCGCUUCUCCGGCCGUGAGAGCGGCUCAGCGUGCGGCUGCAGCCGAUGGGCUCCUCGGUGUAUUUGGGUAAAAAAGACGGAAGACUGCGCGUCAACAGAGCGAAGCGGCGAUGCUAACAUGCUAACAUGCUAACUGGUCCAAGCAACAUGUCGAACCGGAGCCGAUUGUCCAGGAAAUAGAAAACAGAAGUCCCGUUCCUCCUGGCGAGCUCCAGGGCAGCGCAGGACGCCGGCCGGUGAGACCGACAGAAGACAACCCUCUGACCCUCAGGAUGGCGAGCAGGAGGAAGUCCACCACCCCCUGCAUGGUUCCUCCCAGAGAGGCCGUGGACUCAGACCAGGAGAUGGAGGAAGUCACGGACGAGACGGACGGGGAAGCGGAGGACAGUAAUGGCGUGGGGACCAGGUGUGCGGAGGUUUGCGACCUGUCGGCCGAGCAAGGGGGCGGGGCCGACGUCCAGGCGUCAGACCACUACCUGGAGCUGAACGUGGCCGAGGGAGGAUACGAGUGUAAAUACUGCAGCUUCCAGACGUCGGAGCUGAACCUGUUCACCAUGCACGUGGACACGGAGCAUCCGGACGUGGUCCUCAACGCCUCCUACGUCUGCAUGGAGUGCGACUACCACACCAAGAGUUACGACACGCUGCUGGCCCACAAUGCCCGGCUGCACCCGGGUGAGGACAACUUCACCCGGACGAUGGUGAAGAGGAACAACCAGACCGUCUUCCAGCAGACGGUCAACGAGCUCACCUUUGACGGCAGCUUCGUCAAAGUGGAGGACGACGAGGAGACGUCCCACAAGAGCAUCGCCCUCAGCAAGACGCCCAUCAUGAGAAUCAAGAGCCGCCCGGAGCCCAAGAAGUUCACUGCUGCACACAAAAUGGCCACGGACGACAUCAUCAAGGUGGAGAGCGACGAAGAGAACGAGGAGAACGAGGAGCCGCCCACUCUGUCUCCCGCCCCGAUGACCCCUGCCCCCGCCGUGACCCCUUGCCUCAUCCCCAUCUCCUCGCCGCUGCAGGUCCAGGCCGUCCCCCAGAGCAUCGUGCUCAACAGCCCCAACCUGCUGCACUUUAAAGGCAGCUCUGCCGGUGGCGGCGCCGUGCUGCCCCCGGGGACGCUGGCCCAGGUGCUGUCGGCGCUGCAGCAGCAGCACAGCGCUCAGACCCAGACUCAGCUGCUCAUCCCCGUCAGCAGCAUCCCCACCUACAACACGGCCAUGGACAACAACGUCCUGCUGGUCAGCGCCUACAACCGGUUCCCGUACCCGUCCGUCUCUGAGAUCACGGGCCUGUCGUCUCAGACCAAGUUCAGCGAGGAGCAGAUCAAGGUCUGGUUUUCUGCUCAGAGGCUGAAACACGGAGUCAGCUGGACGCCGGAGGAGGUGGAGGAGGCGAGGAGGAAGAAGUUCAACGGCACGGUGCAGCCCGGCCCUCAGACCAUCACCGUCAUCCCCGCCAACAUCUCCGCCGCCACCAACGGGCUGCAGUCCAUCUUCCAGACGUGUCAGAUCGUGGGACAGCCGGGCCUCAUCCUCACUCAGGUGGCCGGGAACGGCAGCAACUUGCCCGUCGCCCCCCCCAUCACCCUGACGGUGGCCGGCGUCCCCGGCAACCAGCCGAGAGCCGCCGAACCCCCGGCGUCGGAGUCGAGGACGGAGACGUCGGCGUCUUCGGCCGGUUUGGACGCAGCGGGGACGAAACCGAAGAAGUCGAAGGAGCAGCUGUCCGAGCUGAAGGCCAGCUACGGCAGGAGGCAGUUUGCCACGGAGGCGGAGAUCUCUCGGCUCAUGCAGGUCACCAAACUCUCCAAGCGAGCAAUAAAGAAGUGGUUCAGCGACACGCGCUACAACCAGAGGAACUCCAAGGACCAGCACGGCGUGCCGCCGGGGGAGGCGGUGCCCGGCAGGGCGGCGUCAGCAGGGGGGGGCAGAGCAGGAAGGAGCAGCAGCGGGAGUCUGAACGACAGCAGCCACAGCGACCACGCCUCCACCACCAUCGUUAUCGACUCCAGCGACGACGCCAGCGACUCCCCCCCGACCGCCGGCUCCGCCCCGGGCUCGGCCGGCCCGCCCAGCGCCCCCCGGGUCAAGUUCCGCCACGCCUUCCCUGACUUCACGCCACAGAAGUUCAAGGAGAAGACGCCGGAGCAGCUGCUCAUCCUGGAGGCCAGCUUCCAGGAGCUGGACACGCCCCCGGACGAGGAGCUGAGCCGGCUGCGAGCGGAGACCAAGCUGACGAGGCGCGAGGUCGACGCCUGGUUCACCGAGAGGCGCAAAGGGCCGCCAGCCGCCAAAGACGGAGACAGCGACGGAGACGAAGAGAAGGUCAAACCGGCCUCGGCUCAGGAGAGGCACACGGCUCCCCCUGGUGGCAGGAAGCUGGUGAAGAAGACGCCGGAGCAGCUCCACAUCCUGAAGAAAGCGUUUGUGCGCACGCAGUGGCCGACGGCCGAGGAGUACGACCGGAUGACGGAGGACAGCCGCCUGCCGAGGCCCUACAUCGUCAACUGGUUCGGGGACACGCGCUACGCCUGCAAGAACAGCAACCUGAAGUGGUACUACCUCUACCAGAGCGGCAAGGAGGACGAGGCUCUGAACGGCGGCGCCAAGAAGAAGCCGAGGAAGCGUUACCGGGGUUGGUCCAGGAGGACGCGCCGGCCGUCUCCCUGCAAAGCCUCCCCACAGGGGGGCGCCACCGCCAUCAAGGUGAAGUCCGGCAAAGCGUUUCUGAAGGACUACUUCCUCCGACACCGAGCCCUGAGUGAGAAGGACCUGGACGACCUGGUGACCAAGUCCAGCAUGAGCUACGAGCACGUGAGGGACUGGUUCUCAGAGACCGCCAGGCGGGUGGAGGAGGGCAAGGAGCCGUUCAGUGACCAUGAGGCUGAGGGGGAGGAGGCUGAGGGAGAGGACGAGGAGGAGGACGAGGAAGGGGAAGAGGAGGAGGAGGAGGAUGAGGAGGCUGCGGCGGCAGCAGAAGAGCACGGAUGCAGCGAGGAAGAGAUGGAGGUGAAAGAACAAGGAGAGGAGGCCUCAGAUGACGACUGCAAGGAGGAGGAAGAAGAGGAGGCAGAGGCAGAGUUGGAGGAGGAGAUCCAGGAUGAGGAGAUCCAGGAGGAAGCUGGAGAAGUCAGCCAAUCACAGCCUCAGGCCGAGGAGCAGACAUGAGCCUGCAGAACUAGCAUGGAUUCCCCCCCCCCGACCCCGGAGAGACGUCAGUGAUUCUCAGCCGGCGGCUCGGGACCCAAAGACACCGCAGCUGAGACAGAUCACGUGACCCUGAACAGACAGAUCACGUGACCCCGAUCAGACAGAUCACGUGACCCCGUUCAGACAGAUCACGUGACCCCGAUCAGACAGAUCACGUGACCCCGAUCAGACAGAUCACGUGACCCCGAACAGACAGAUCACGUGACCCCGAUCAGACAGAUCACGUGACCCCGAUCAGACAGAUCACGUGACCCCGAUCAGACAGAUCACGUGACCCCGAUCAGACAGAUCACGUGACCCCGAUCAGACAGAUCACGUGACCCCGAUCAGACAGAUCACGUGACCCCGAACAGACAGAUCACGUGACCCCGAACAGACAGAUCACGUGACCCCGAACAGACAGAUCACGUGACCCCGAACAGACAGAUCACGUGACCCCGAUCAGACAGAUCACGUGACCCCGAUCAGACAGAUCACGUGACCCCGAUCAGACAGAUCACGUGACCCCGAUCAGACAGAUCACGUGACCCCGAUCAGACAGAUCACGUGACCCCGAACAGACAGAUCACGUGACCCCGAACAGACAGAUCACGUGACCCCGAUCAGACAGAUCACAUGACCCUUCCACCUGAUCUUUGGGUCCUGAUGAAGCUGAGAAGCACUGAGACCACGAGAGGAACUCAAGGACCUGGUUUGUUUGGAGGCACUGUGGGGACCAGCUCCAGGUCCCAGACGCUCCUCACCGAGCGGCGGCACCACCAGAGGAGGUUCCUGCUCUGCUCAACUCACAAGCCUUUUACUCUGGUGAGAACGACGGGGCUUUGUUUUGUCCUGUCACUCUUUCUUAUUCACUAAAAAGCGUUUUAUGGUAAAGUUUGUAUAAAGGAAAAAGACUCCAGGACCGUUCUGAGGAGCGCUGAGACCUCGGUGGUUCUGGUCUCAGAGGAACCUCUUCACCCUGAAACCCGACCGUGAGAACUUCUUCUCCUCCCAGAGAAACGGGUUUGAACCUACGACUGUCUGAACCAGUGCCAUUCUGUUAAUAACUUUGUUUUAAAUUUAAAAAAAGUGCUGGAAUAAGUUCCACGUUUUAACUCUUUUAUAUUUUUUCAAGUGAUUUGUUACAAGUGUGAUCUUUGAUGGAACCUGAUUCCGUUGUGCGACUGUUUUAAGUUCUUCGAGAACCGAGAUCAUUUCCAUGUUGGCAGGUGUUCGGGUCCAAUCACUUUCAAGGAUGUCGAUUCAAAUUUCACCUCCAAACACAAACCUCAUAAACACCAGAUAAAAACAGAACUUCUAGAAUCCACCGCUGAGCGUCACGGACUGAAACGUGAAUCCAUCACAUCACAAACUAAAAGCUUCGUGCAACACAAGAGAAAUUAUGUUUAUUAAAUCUUUGUUUAGAUUCUGAGAAAACAUUAUAAUCAUGGAUUCACGUCCUGGUCUCGGUGGUCGUGAGCUCAGACUCAGUUCUUCACUUGAUCGACUUUAAAGGGAUUUGAACCCAAACACUGUUUGUAUCCUCGUCCAAAAAUAAAAUAAAGUUUAUAAAGAGAAGGAAGCGAAGGCAUGUUUACUCUACUUCAGGAAACUUUACCUCAGAGAGUUGAGCCGCAAAAAACUCAGAUUGUGACAUUUACACUUUACGACAGUUUAUAAAAAAUACUGUAUGCAUGAAAAUACCAGAAGGCAAUAUGAUUAUGUCUUUUCCGAUGGCGUUCAUUUGUCCUCGCCAAAGUAAGAGGAUCAGUUUAAAGAGCGUUCAGUUAUCGGAGCCAGUACGGGUCAAACUAGUCGACAGCAACUUUCAGGUUUUCCACAAGAAUCACAGACGAUAUUUUAGGGACAUGAAAACACAAGCACUUGGCUCGGUGCCCAACUUUUUAACUUUUCAUACACGUGGGGAAAAAGGAGGAGAACGAAGCGUUGGGUUUCUCAGCUCCUCCUGUGGAUCUGAGGAGGAGGAGCUGAGAACAUCUGACCGUCACAGAACAAUCAGCGGGGGGGCGGGGGGGGGGGCUGAUAAACAACUCAGUUUGUUUUUCUCCAGACGGGAUCUUUAUACGAGCUGUGUGAUUUUGCAAAGUUAAUUCUUUCUGCCCUUUCUAUAAAUUGCUUUAAUAGACAACAGCUGUUAGUAGAUAAUUUAUUUAUUAUAUCUGGAUUUCAUGAAUAUCUAAUUUUCUUUUUGUCUGCAAGCAAAAUAAAUAAAAAGUGAAAAACCUGA